AUGAUGGACAGACAGCAGGAGGAAGAUGAGGAGGACACCGCCUUAUUAUUGGAUCAGACUGAAAAACAGUGCUUCACAAUAAACACUGGGGCUCAGAAUGCUGUAAUAAUCGUUAUCUCUUCUAGACAAAACCAGGUGAUUCUGCUGGAUACGCUGGAACAGGAAGUCACGAAGUUCCGCGAGUGCAACGCCACGAUUGAUCUGAACACACUGUUCACAGAGGCCACCGUUUAUCACAGAAAGCUGGUGAACAUCCGCAGAGAAAUGAUCGUUCUGCACGACAAGACCACCAGACUGAAGAAGCGAGCGCUGAAGCUGCAGCAGCACAAGCAGGAGGAGGAUCUGGAGCGCGAGCAGAAGAAAGAGAGAGAGCUGGAGCGAGAGAGACACCUCAUCGCCAAACCCGCCAAACGCAGCGACGCUGAACCGCACUGAGCGUGCUCAGACUCAAAGCUCCGCCCACUGCCCAGAGACUCCGCCCCUCAGACACAUGGCCCCGCCCACUGCCCCAAGACCCCGCUCCUCAGAGACAGCUCCGCCCACUUCCCCAAGACCCUGCUCCUCAGAGACACGGCUCCGCCCACUUCCCCGAUACCCCCGCCCCUCAGACACAGCUCCACCCACUGCCCCGAGACUCCGCCCCUGACGUCUAUAAAGCAAUCAGAAACACACAGAUGAGCAGAAACACGCCGCUGCUCGUCACAUUCACGCAUGCGUCGCGCCUCUCACUCAGAAUUCACUGGUGAUUUCAUGAAUUUAUCAGGACUAAAUGUGAUAAAUUUAUGUUCGACUCUCAAAGCUCUGAUUGUCAUCAUGUGCACUUCUGUUCAGAUAAGUAAUAAUAAAACUAAUGAAAGUGUUUGUGUCACCAUAUUCUCCACAAAGGAAAAUAAA